CUCUCUCUGCAGGCCUACUUCCUCUUGCUCCUGGCUCCUCCCCUUUGAAUAACUUGCUUUGGUUUCUGGUUUCGAUUCCUUUGUGCAGCCUUCCCUUGCAGAGCACUGUCUGGCUGGGUGAUAAGAAGCGGUAGAGACAUGGCCUUCAGCAGCACCCAGGCUUCCUACGUGAGCCCGCCCGUCCCCUUUUAUGGAUCAAUCCACGGUGGUCUCAAGGAUGGGCUUCAGAUUACUAUCAACGGGACCGUCCUUAACUCCAGUGCAAACAGGUUUGCUGUGAACUUGCAGAACACCUUCGAGGACAACAACAUUGCCUUCCACUUCAACCCUCGGUUUGAAGAGGGAGGGUAUGUGGUCUGCAACACGAAGCAGAACAACUGCUGGGGGGCUGAGGAGAGGAAGAUGCAGAUGCCCUUCCAGAAGGGGAGGCCCUUUGAACUCUGCUUCCUGGUGCACAGCUCGCAUUUCCAGGUGAUGGUGGACGGGAACUUCUUCGUGCAGUACUCCCACCGCGUGCCCUUCCACAGCGUGAACGUCAUCUCCGUCACCGGCUCCGUGCAGCUGUCCUACGUCAGCUUCCAGAAACCCCGCACGGCCCCUGUCCGGUCUAUCUUAUCCACGAUGCAGUUCUCCCAGCCUGUCUGUGCCCCACACAAGCCCACAGGGUGCAAACCGAAACCUCAACACAUUUGGUCUGCCAACCCGGAUCCCAUUGCUCAGACAAUCAUUCACACCGUGCAGAGUAUACCUGGACAAAUGUUCCCUAAUCCUGUAAUCCCACCGAUGAUGUACCCCAACCCAAACUAUUCGCUGCCUUUCUUCACCGCCAUCCCAGGCGGGCUGUACCCCUCCAAGUCCAUCAUCGUGUCGGGCAUGGUCCUGCCCAGUGCUCAGAGGUUCCACAUCAACCUGCGCUCUGGGAAUGACAUCGCCUUCCACCUGAACCCCCGUUUCAAUGAGAACGCCGUGGUCCGCAACACCCAGAUCAACAGCUCCUGGGGCUCUGAGGAGCGAAGCCUGCCCCGGAAAAUGCCCUUCACCCGAGGCCAGAGCUUCUCGGUGUGGAUCAUGUGUGAAGGCCACUGCCUCAAGGUGGCCGUGGACGGCCAGCACCUGCUGGAAUACUACCACCGCCUGAAGAACCUGCCCGCCAUCAACAGCCUGGAGGUGGCCGGGGACAUCCAACUGACACAUGUGCAGACAUAGGCAGGCUCCUCGGGCCUGGAACAAGGGCUGGUGCGUCACCGUCUGGGUCUCCUGGUCACCUCCACGUCCCUGCCCCAGCCCCAGCCCUGGCCCAUCCCCUGCCUAGGACCGGGGCUUCUCUGGAGAGACCAUGUCCUUGUCUGGCUCUCCUGGCUGUAGCCAGCCUGGCGCAGCAAAGAAAGGUGGGGUGGCUCCCGGGGCUCCAGCCGCCCAGCUCCUUGCACCUGGGAGUGGGGCGUUCAGUGCGGGUGAAGCCCCACGGCCAGUGGCCUUGGCAGGGGGACAGGUCCUGAGCGUCCCAAGCCCCCAGCCAGACUUACCUGUGAAGUCCGUGGACACCAGCUCCAGGUGGGAGGUGACCUGCCAUCUCACUUCCUGGCCUGGAGCCUUGCUCCAGCCCCUUCCCCUCCCCAGGGAAGCUCCCCUGAUGACACUCCCCUGGCCUCCACCAGCUAACCAGAACUUCCUCAGCAGGGGCUCUCCUUUUCCCAACCCUUAAAAUAAGUGAAAGUGCAGGGCCGGCAAGUGGCAUGGUGGUUAAGGGCCCUGGACUCCCACAUGGCUGCAGUUCGAGUCCAGGACGGCUUGCUUUCUCACUUUCUCUCUCUCUCUCUCUCUCACCCUCACCCUCACUGUCUCU